AUGGUCUACACACUCGUCGUCCACCUCUACGCAAAAGAGGACCAAGAGUCCAUCAACAAGUUGAUCGCAAAAUUGCAAGAAGCUUCUCAAGUCUACACAAACGACAAGGAGUGCUUGGGUUGGUUCGUCAUGCAAGACACAAAGGACCCCCGCGCCUUCACCAUCGUCGAGCGCUAUGCUCAUGAAAGCGUAAGUCCUUUUCCCUCUGCCUCCUCCCUUUUCCUAUUUCCAUCCACCCUUCCAUCUACAUCAUCCGCUAACACACUUGCCUCUCUUCCUAGUNCCCAAAAAUACCACCUCGAAAACCCUUACUGGCAGACUUUUGACAAAUACGUCAUCCCCUUGUUGGCANAGGACAUGGAUCUCCGCCGCUUGAACGAGCUGGUCGACGAAAAGUCCGAGCAGGUUCGCGUGGAGCAGGAUCCAAAGCUUUGGGACGAGGUCAAGAAGUAUCAGACCUAUUAG